AGGCACUCUGCCCCAGCUCCAGCUCCCCCCAACGUACACUUCGGCUGCCCCACCACCACCGCCGCCGCCCCACCCGAUUCAAAUCUGGGCCGGCCAACAUCCGCGCACCACCACCAGAAGCGGCAGCGGCAAUCACACUCCUGUCAGCCCCAGUCCAGCGCAGCCCCGCCGACCCUGCCGCCCAGAUCCGACCCCAUGGGCGCCGCGCCGGGCCAGCCCCCCUCCCCGCCGCCGCCGGAGCGGACCGCGUCGCCGGAGCGGGGCGCCCUCCGCGGCGACGACCGGGACUGGAAGGCGGAGAUGAUGUCGGCGCUGGGGGAGUCGGUCUCCUUCGGCCGGUUCCUCUCCGAGCCGCUCGAGUGGGGCCGGUGGUCGGCGUUCGAGCACAACCGGUACCUCGAGGAGGCCGCGGGGCAGUCGCGCCCCGGAUCCGUCGCGCAGAAGAAGGCCUUCUUCGAGGAGCACUACGCCAGGAAGCGGAAGAGCGCCGAUGUCGACGAGGGCGAGGAUGUCGACGAGGGGCGCGAUGCUGAUGCGGACGGCGGCGAAGCCUGGUCGGCGGACUCCUCGUGCAUGACGGAUGAGCCCGCGGGAGAGGAGACCGGCGGCGUAGAUUCGGGUGCUCCGGAGGAUUGCGGCGCCGUUGUCGAUGCUGCCGUGCCGGGGGAAGCGCAUCAGGAGCUGAAGGCUGUUGCAGACGGCGUUGUCUCAUCGUGCCGCCUGGAUAGCACGGCUGAGCGGUCACACGAGCUGCGUGAUGUGCAGGUUGCUGAAGCGAGAAAAGGGCUGCAGUUGGAUGCUGGAUGUGUCGUGGCUGCUGUUGAUGCCGUUGAGAAGCAGCCGUUACAGGAGAGUUUGAUUGUCAAUCAAGGUGUAGCAGAUACUGUCGAGAAGAAGAGGCACCCGAUGUCAUCGCUAUUUCAGAAGCCUGCGGAAUUCAGUUCUCCCCCAUCAGGAAAGAAAGCGCCGUCUUCGUCAGCCAAAAGGCGGUCGACCCUGCGUCCAGCGAAGGAGAACAGCUCACCAUUUCCUAGUACUGACAGUAACAAGCAAGAAGAGACUUCAGUUGCUCAAAAAGGGUCGAUAUUGGGUACCAUGAACUUCAGGAGAUGUGAAAUAGGCGAUACUGCCUCGAGAUCAAGAAAUCUUGGUUCCACAAUUGCUUCGAGGAUUAGUCAGCUGGAGUCUGCAAGCAGGCCGGUGAAAGAUGUUCAUCCUAAGGUGAACAAACAGAGGCGGACAAGCAAGGGGUUCUGCAAAGGUAUUCCAGAAGCAGCUUCCACGGCAACUCAACAGCCUGAACAAAGGUCUCCAUAUGUCAGUGUGACGAGGGUCAAAGAAAUGUUGUUUGGUUCAACUUCGCCACCGACGCAUCCGGAAACCAAUAUAGCUAAAGAAAAUAUGGGAAAAGCCAACGAUGAACCUGAAUUGAAAGAAAUACAUCAGAGCGUCCGUUUCAAGGCCAGGUCACUGCCAAAUUUUUACUGGAGAAGUAAAGAAUCAAAGGAUUCAAGGCAGGGGGCACGAGAGACCCACCAAAAUCCGCCGAACAGCGAUCAUAGACUGAAUGAUGAUGCCAGUGACCGACACGGAAUGAGCAGAGGAGCCUCGAAGGACAAACAAAUAUGUUGCUUCCCACUUAUAAGGCGGUAGUAAUGCUUGUAGGCCGGCCUUUCAGUAAAUAGUAGCUUGUUCAUUUAAUUUGAUUAUGUUUGUGUAACUACCUAUGGCUUCUAUCGGUAGGUAUACUAUUAUUGGUAUCCUAUAUAUCCUUCUAAUGUAUAGUCAGAUUCCCUUUUGUAAUCAUGACUAGCAUUUUCUUGCUUGGAAAAUAAAGCACAUGCGUUGAGAAGUAUUA